AUGACACCACCACAAAACGGAUCUAACAUAACGGCGAACUUUACAAAUCAGUUCGUGCAGCCGCCGUGGCGCGUCGCGCUCUGGUCGGUGGCGUACAGCUCCAUCCUCGCGGUCGCGGUGUUCGGGAAUCUCAUCGUGAUGUGGAUCAUUCUGGCACACAAAAAGAUGCGAACUGUCACCAAUUACUUUCUGCUCAACCUGGCGUUUUCGGACGCGUCGAUGGCAGCCUUCAAUACAUUGAUCAAUUUUGUUUAUGCCACGCACGGUGACUGGUACUUUGGUGAAUCCUACUGCAAAUUUCACAACUUUUUCCCUGUCACCUCCGUGUUUGCGAGCAUUUACUCCAUGAGUGCCAUAGCUGUCGACAGGUACAUGGCCAUCAUUCAUCCCCUGAAACCACGUCUCUCAGCUACAGCCACUAAGGUGAUCAUUGUGUGUAUCUGGGUGCUGGCGGUGGUUUUGGCCUUUCCCCUCUGUUUCUUUUCAACCAUCAAAAAAUUACCCAAGCGGACCAUUUGCUACGUUGCCUGGCCCAGACCUGCAGAGGACCCUUUCAUGUAUCAUAUCAUAGUGGCUGUGCUGGUAUACAUUCUGCCACUUGUGGUAAUGGGUAUUACCUACACUAUCGUUGGGAUGAUGCUAUGGGGAGGAGAAAUACCUGGUGACUCAUCGGACAACUACCAUGGCCAGCUGCGAGCCAAGCGCAAGGUGGUGAAAAUGAUGAUCAUCGUGGUGGUGACCUUUGCCAUCUGCUGGUUGCCAUACCACAUAUAUUUCCUUGUUACUGGCCUGAACAAGCAACUGGUUAGAUGGAAGUUCAUUCAGCAGAUCUAUCUGUCAGUCAUGUGGCUUGCCAUGAGCUCCACCAUGUACAACCCCAUUAUCUACUGCUGCCUGAAUAGCAGGUUCAGGGCCGGCUUUAAACGUGUGUUCCGCUGGUGCCCAUUUGUGCGAGUGUCUGACUAUGAUGAGCUCGAGCUCCGAGCCAUACGGCUCAAAGUAGCGCAUCAGAGCAGCAUGUACACACUCUCACGAAUGGAGACCUCUGUUGCCGCUGUGUGUGACCCCUCAGAGCCUUCUGCCCACCCAGCCCGGAAGAGCCUUCACAACCACCAGCACAAUGGCUCCUCUAACCCUGCCACGAGCAAAGAAGAGACAUAUGCACAAAGUGACUUUGAUGUAAGAUUCAUACUGAUGUAUCAGGCACAGCCAGUGUAA